UUUGUUUUGUUUUGUUUGAGACAGGAUCUUACUAUGUAGCCUGGAAUUUUCUAUGUAGACCAGGCUGGCUUCAAACUCACAGAGAUCCACCUGCCUCUGCUUCCUGAGUGCUGGCUUGAAGCUGUAGGUUUGUUUUGUGGAUCCAACUCCAACUGCUCCAAGAGCUGAUGGGUGGAAGUUCUAGGAAAGCAGAUUUGGAUUCAUCAUUAAAAAGCUGCUCUUUUUGCCUUUUAAAAAAUGUUUAUUUAUUUACCUGUGUAUUGUUUUGUGGGUUUUUUGUUUGUUUGUUUUUGCUUUGCUUUGCUUUUUGAGACAGGGUUUCAUGUAGCCCAGGCUGACUUCAAAUUCACUGUGUAGGGAAUUUGACUCCAGUUUCUGAUCCUCCAGCUUCUGCCUCCUGAGUCCUGGGACCACAGGUGUGCACCAUCGUGCCCAGAUUCUGCAGCACUGGGAAUGGAACCCAAGGCCUUACACAUGCUCGCUGAGCUCUGUACCCAGUGAGCUCCAUCGGCAGCCCUGCUCUUUCCUUUUUUUUUUAAUAAAGAAAAACUGUGAUAAGAGUUUCAGCUCAUGAUUGUAGCCCCUCAGAGUCUUUUGAAAUUUAUUGUCAAUGGUUUCAAAAAAAUGGGGAAAAAACCAAGUGCCCUAAGAUAUUAAUCUGAGGGCCGCGGCAGCCAUCUUCCAGUAACUCGCCAAAAUGACGAACACAAAGGGAAAGAGGAGGGGGACCCGCUGUAUGUUCUCCAGGCCUUUUAGGAAACAUGGAGUUGUUCCUUUGGCUACUUACAUGCGAAUCUACAAGAAAGGUGAUAUUGUAGACAUCAAGGGAAUGGGCACUGUUCAAAAAGGAAUGCCUCAUAAGUGUUACCAUGGCAAAACCAGAAGAGUCUACAAUGUCACCCAGCAUGCCGUGGGCAUCAUUGUAAACAAGCAAGUUAAGGGCAAGAUCCUUGCCAAGAGAAUCAACAUGCGGAUUGAGCACAUCAAGCACUCUAAGAGCCGAGACAGCUUCCUGAAGCGGGUGAAGGAGAACGACCAGAAGAAAAAGGAAGCCAAGGAGAAGGGCACCUGGGUGCAGCUGAAGCUCCAGCCCGCCCCACCCAGAGAAGCACACUUUGUGAGGACUAACGGGAAGGAGCCUGAGCUGCUGGAGCCCAUUCCAUAUGAAUUCAUGGCCUAAUGUACAAAAAGAAAUAAAAGACCUGAACUGUAAAGGGCUUUUCUUAUGUUGAA